AAAAGUUGGUAUCUUGCUUGAUAUUCCUUUUUCUUUUUCUUUUUAAUUACUAUAUAUACACACGCGACUAUUUAAAGUUUGCUACUUUUUUUGGAUGUUUGUUUCUCCGUUUACGCAUUUCUUUUAAGUUACUACGUUGCUGGCUGGAUUUGUGAUUUUGAUUCUUAAUUGGGUUUUGGAUUUGUUUCUUGGAAAGGUGGUGCAAGAAGGGAGAUAUUAGUUUUCUUCAAUGGUCAUAGUGAUUUCCUUUCAAGCAUUUUUAGAUUUUCUUUCUGUACUGAAAUUUGGAGUAAGGUGAAUUUAAAAGGAAACAAAUGAAAGGAGUCUGUUUGGCUGAGAAGAGUGUCGUUGAAUUGAAGUGAGGUAGUUAGAUUCGCAGGGCUGGCCUUGUGUUUUGCAAUUACACCUUUUUGUUGAAUUUGGGCCAACCCCGUAAUUUUUCUUGAAUACGUAAGUAAUUUGUGAACUCCUUCUUCCUUCUCUAUCACUCCGUGGGAUUCAGUUUCAGUUUAUUUCAUGUAACAUCUGCGGAAGAGGCACCUCGCUUGUUCCUUUUCUCCUUGUAAUUCUUACUCUUACUCUUCCUCUUCAUUUCUUUUUCUUUUUUAUGCAAUUCCCAUUUGCAAAUUGCAAUCUUGUUUUUCUAUUUCACUAAGAACCAAUAUCACAAUCAUAGAGUCCUAAAGAAAUUGUAUUGUUUGCUAUUAUAACUCUGAUAUUGAUAGUUAUAUUGACAUUGUUAAUUGUCACAAGACGUCUUUGUAGUGCCUCAAUUUCCUGUUUGAGGUGAGAAACAAAGUUAAGUAACAUCAAGAAAGGAAAGCCCUAUGAUAUUGGUAUUGUGGCAGAAAAGUGAAAGCUUCAAGAUUUACUCAAUUACAAGCAAUAUAUUCGAGCCAACAUGGAUGCCUGCGAUUCCUCUGCGAUAUGACCUUGGCAAUAAGAGGCUUAUAUGAUUCUGGAGCUUUCAAGUUUAUAUCGAUUAGUUGGAGACAGAUGAUUGAAAACAAAGUUGUCUGCCAUUGGUUUACUUUGUUAGAUUAGAGGCUCAAGAUGGAUGAUACAUCUGCCAAUGCUCAAAAGGAUGGCCAGGGUAAAGAGGAUUCAUUGCAUAGCUUGAACCAUGGAAGAGAAUUAUCUGGUGACAAUGAGCCGGACUGUUCCCAAUCAAAAUCGGAGAGGGUGAUGAGAAGGGUAUAUUCACAUCGCUAUCUGCAUUUAAAAGUUAAGCAAUUGCAACGCAGUAAAAGUUGCAUCAAAGAUUCAUUCCUUCAAGGCAUUCAUGUCCUAGACAAUUGGAUUCCAAAGCAUAUAACAACCAUCGAUGAGAACUAUCUUCGUCGUUGCCUAGAAUUUAUACAUGCCAGCACUUCUCAGUCGGCUCCAUGCAAUGUCUCUAUGUACUUGGAUUGGGGAAAUGUAGGUUUUUUCUCUGAUGACCUGAAUAUAGCUAAAACUGGGAGUGAAAAUACAUAUGGUUUGGCCAGGUUUGAUUAUGACUGUCCAUUAGCUGGGACUGGGAAUGUGGUCAUUAGCCCAGCAGAACAGUGGAUUGUUGGUUCGAUCAUGGGUAGCAAGAGCACGGUGAAUAUACUAAAGAGUCCUUUAUUGCUCCGGUAUGGUUCAUAUGACAAUGAUGCCAGUUUUGAGAAAGUGAGUUCCAGCGUGGUUAAAGGACCAAUAUGUUUUAAUGUGAUGAAUUCUCCUAGUGGAUUACGUGGUUAUUCGCCACACAAGCUUGAUAAAGAAGCACAAAUUCCUGGAAGCCAUAAAUUUGGAUCAGAGACUUCGCACAAAAGGCUUAUUUCUAUGUCGAGCUCAAACUCUACAUGUUCUGAUCAGUCUUCUUCUUCUCCGUCUGCUACUGUUACUCAGGGGACCCUCCAAUGCACAUGGAAGGGUGGAAACCCACAUUUUGUCUUCUCCAUAGACAAUCAGAAGAUGGUCUAUGUGGCAAACAUGUAUAAUGUUGAUUCAGCAGAUGAUAAGGCUCUGGAGUAUGUGUAUUUAUUCCAUUCAAGGAAAGGUUCCCAAAAGGAACAUAUGAAUCAUGAUAAAGAGUCGCACCUUGUAGGUAAGAUGAAGGUGUCAACUUCUUUUGCUCUUUGCCCAAAAAAUUCAAGAAUCACUCAGAGAGAAUUUGUUUUAUUUGGUUAUGAAAAUUAUGUGGGAGAGUGGCAAAGUUCAAGCCACGACCUCAGGAAGAACAAGGGAUUGUCAAGCAGGGUGGCAGAAGUUUUCAGGACCAGUAACUCAUCCAAGAGGAGAACUAACUCCAGAUUUGGUGGAUCCGGUGCCAUACUAGAGAAUUCUUCUUGGGAGCCAUUUGAAGAGAGAGAUAACAACAUGGAUGCACUUGGUGGCACCAAUCUUUUAGAAAAUCAUCUUCCACCAAAUCUUGAAUUGGCUGCCAUUUUGGUGAAAGAUCAUCUUCCUGAAAAGGGUCAGGAGAAGGUUGGAGGUUGGGGCUUGAAUUUUCUCAAGAAAAUGGCUGUAACGCAAGCAGAAGAUGUGAAAUCCUCAGUGCUCCCUGUCUGUUGUGCCCAAGAUAGUGGUGAUUGCUCAACAAGCAUUGAUAUUCUCAUUCCAGCUGGUCUUCACGGAGGUCCAAGGACCAGAAAUGGUGGUCCUUCUUGUCUUAUUGAUAGGUGGAGAUCAGGUGGACACUGUGACUGUGGUGGCUGGGACCUAGGCUGUCCAUUAACAGUAUUUAAAAGCAGAUCAGCCCACAAAGAGUUUUCAUCUCUAGCAGAUAUGCAAGGGGAGUGCAAGUUAGUUGAUUUGUUCAUAGAGGGUUUAGAGAAUGGUGCCCCCCCAAUGAGUAUGGUGAAUGUCCAUGAUGGCUUGUAUUUUGUGCACUUUCAGUCAACAUUGUCAGCUCUGCAAUCCUUCUCAAUUGCAGUGGCAUUUAUCCAUACCCAAAAAGUCCCAGUCUCCAACCAAAAUAUGUACAGGAGUUGACAUAGGAAGAUUUGUGGUUCAGCUUGAUCUAGUUGUAACUCCCCUACUGUAUCACAGCACUUUGUAAGUCAAAAUUUAAGUAAUUUAUACAUGAAGUAGGUUCAUUUUUGAAGUCUUUUGUUUUGAUAGAAUGUUUAGGAUCAUAUUGUUCUUGCUGGUGAUUGGGAUUGGUUACCCUUUGACUUUCGGUGAAGAAACUCAUGGAACCUCUAUUCUAUGAUUGAUUGCACAAUUAUUUUUUAUGAAAAGAUGUAUUUUUUAUGAAUUUUUUUUUUCAUAAGGGCAAUUAUUUCUGGUGAUUCGGAUUGGUGCUUUUGGCUAUUACAUGCACUUCUCUAGGGUAUAUGGUGGCAUGUGCUUCGUAAAUGGCUUAACUCAUGGUGCUCCACAAGAGCGCAAAUUGAGCAGUUAAAUUUAUUAAUUUUCAAGUGGAAAUAACUGGGAUCCUUUUGUGGCUCAUGAUGAUUCAUGUUAAUGCAUGGUUCCCAAUCAUUAACCGAAACCUGUCAAAUAUACGGCUUGAAGACUUCUUGCAUUUGUAGGUAAUGUGAACUCCAACUGUUGCUAUCUGCACUGGUGAAUUUUUUAUUGGAGUCUUUCUCUUCUUAAUCAUAUGCUAUACACCUAUUAAAUCUAUGGUCCUAAAGAGCCGAUUGGUUUUUCUGGGUAUAAGCACAACUCCAUUUGUACUCACAAACUAAAACACGAUAUUGCAGUUUCCGCUUAGCUUUGUUGUAUUUGCUGUUUAUUUAUGUAGUGUUAUAGUGCUAACAUACAAGUGUAGAUUUGUCUUUUGCAUACUCCUUUUAAAAAAAUUCAAUCCCUAACUCUUUACAUUUUAAGCAGCACGUGUUGAGCAAUAACAUGUUUAGCAUGCAGUAAUUCAUCCUGUAGGCGUGUGAUCACAUUCAGGAGUUAAUUUCUGUAAAAAAAAAAAAAAAACUGAUAUAGAUUGUAUAGCUCAAUUUUGCAUUUCCUGGUAAAAUCAUGAUAUGGGAUUCCCACAAGCAAACCUGCACGUUUCCUUUUUAGGUUAUGCCUCUCUCAUUGCUAAGUACGAGCAGCUCAUUCUAAUGCCCAUGUUGUUUUGUUGAACUGGGAAAGUUCAGUUGCAACUUAACUUUCCUGAAUGUGUGUUGUGUGUGUUUAUGAUAUUGUCAUUCUAAUACCCAUGUUGUUUUGGGCCAACUGGGAAAGUACUGUUGCAACUUGAACUUUCCUAUAUAUAUGUAGUGCAUGUUAUGCUGUUGUUUUAUCUUCAACCAGGCUCUGAUUUUAGACAGCCUUCAGUUGGCUUGGCCUGACCAGUUAUGCUUCAAAGGUUCAAUAAGUCAAGGUAAGCUUAGACCCCUCCAGCUUUUUUCUUUCUUCCGUUUCCUUUGCAGUUUUUUUUUUUUAAAAAAAAAUUGGAACUAAUAAGUCUGGUCUAUGGAAUCAAAAGAUGAUUCAUCGAAUAUGAUGGAAAAAGUGAAAUGCAGCAUCCUUUGCCUUAGAUGUUUCUGGAGCAAACUUAAAUAGGACUGAUCUCAAAAGCUCGCAUGACGUGGUACAUGGUUAAAGCGUAAAGAUUUUAUUUCACCCAUUUAAUUAUCUUCUAUGAAUAUAUCUAUGCAUUGUAUUUUUUUUCUUUCUCUGAACAAUCAUGGUAGCGUUCUCCUCUGUACAUUAUUUUUAUUGUUUCUUUGUGGAUGCAAGAGAGACUUGUUUCUCUGCUUCUAUAAUCUGGCAGGUGAAUUUUUGAUACAUUCCGUGGUCCUUCAGUUCGUCAAGUUGAAUUUAUCGGUUUGUACACUAAAGAACUGGGUAAGUUCUUGCUUUUCUUUACCGUAAUAUAUUUGGUUGAAAUAUAAUAAAUCCCGCUAUGUAUUAAUGAAGGAAGAGUUGUGUCUAGCAACAAUUUUCCCUGGCACGCCCCUUAUAAUGGACGACAGUAAUAUGCUGUGUCUUUUAGCAUUGCAAGGAGCUCUCUUGACUUUUCAUCUUCCCUUGUUAGCUUCUGUUAACGUAGGCAGCACUCAGAACCAGGAAAGAAAGUAGCUGGACAGGAGUAGGUAGGAGAUUUAAUUUGGAGCAACUUAUUCAUUAAUUAAUCACUUUAUCUGUUAUAACUAGACAUGAUUUGACUCCGUAAAUUUCUUUUUUAUCAUCUGUUACAUUCACUGUAUAUUAUAAAUGGUGCGCAGAAUAUUAUGAUAUAUGAACACGAGUUCAAGUGAAUACUAACUGGAACAAUGGAACUGUUUGAGAUACUUUUUAUGGUGGCUGA